GUUUUACAUGUUUUUUGUUUUGUUUGGCAACUUCGCUCGCGCUGGUUUUUCCUUCGACACCAGGUGUCAGCGCAGUCUCGAGCCGGGAGGAAGUGCCGCGCUCCAGCGCUUCCUGUGGAAGAGCGUGCCCGUAUGCCAGCCGGGAGCGCGCUUCCCGGGGAAGAGCGCACACUCAGUUCCAGCGUUGGGAGGGAGGAGGAGGAGUAGUGGGGGGGGAGGAAAAACAUGUAAAGAUGGCGGAGUUGCAGAUGCUUUUGGAAGAGGAGAUUCCAGCAGGUCGGAGGGCUUUACUGGACAGCUUCACCAACCUGGAGCGGGUUGCGGAGUACUGCGAAAACAACUACAUCCAGUCACCAGACAAGCAGAGAGCCCUAGAGGAGACCAAGAACUACACCACCCAGUCGCUGGCCAGCGUGGCCUAUCUCAUCAACACCUUGGCCAACAACGUGCUGCAGAUGCUGGACAUUCAGGCCUCGCAGCUACGCCGCAUGGAGUCCUCCAUCAACCACAUCUCGCAGACGGUGGACAUCCAUAAGGAGAAGGUCGCCCGGCGGGAGAUUGGCAUCCUGACCACCAAUAAGAACACUUCCCGCACACACAAAAUCAUCGCUCCGGCCAAUCCCGAGAGGCCAGUGCGCUACAUCCGGAAACCAAUCGACUUCAACAUACUGGAUGACAUCGGCCAUGGAGUGAAGGUGAACACUCAGAACACGAAGAUGGGUGGUCUCCCUCGCACAAACCCACCCGCCCAGAAGCCCCCAAGCCCGCCCGUGUCGGGAAAGGCCACCGUCGGGCGGCACUCCCCCUAUAGGACGCUUGAGCCGGUGCGUCCACCUGUGGUCCCUAACGACUAUGUUGCCAGUCCGACGCGCACCCUGCCGUCCGCACAGCACCCGAGCCCCGUGCGCACGGCGUCCGUCAACCAGAGGAACCGCACGUACAGCAGUGGCAGCAGUGGGGGCAGCCACCCGAGCAGCCGCAGCAGCAGCCGUGAGAACAGCGGUAGUGGCAGCGUGGGCGUGCCCAUGGCCGUGCCCACCCCCUCUCCGCCCAGUGCCUUUCCAGCCGCAACCACCGGGGGCGCCGGUGCCCCCACCGCCCCACCAAGCGCAGUUUCCUCCGCCACCCCCACUGCCCCUGUACUCGCCCCUAACCCAUUCCCAGUCCCCCCCUCAGAGGCCCCGCCCGAGGCUGCUCCCCCCUCCCAGCUCCCCGCUCUCGCUUCUGCUGUCGCCACCUCUUCUGCCAACAGCACCCCUGCGCCAGGCCCUGCUGCCCAGUUCUACAGCAUGAACCGGCCGGUGUCGCGGCACGGCACCCCCGCGGUGGGGGGGUCCCUGCCGUACCGCCGGCCCCCAUCUGCUACGGGCCAGCCCGGCCUCCCCCAGAACCAAGUCAAUGGGGGGCCCUACUACAACCAGAGCCAAGGCUCGCUCGCUCCCCCUCCCCCCUCCAUCUUGCAGAUCACUCCACAGCUCCCCCUGGUGGGCUUCGUGGCUCGGGUUCAGGAGACCAUCUCAGACGCGCCUCCUCCACCGCCUCCUUCCGACGAGCCGGCGUCUGAGCGGUCACCCCCACCACCGCCGCCUCCUGAGGAGUACGAGGAGGAGGAGUCAGCUGUGGUGGAGUACAGCGACCCCUACGCGGAGGAAGACCCGCCGUGGGCCCCCCGCACUUACCUGGAGAAAGUGGUGGCCAUCUACGACUACAUCAAGGACAAGGAGGACGAGCUCUCCUUCCAGGAGGGAGCCAUAGUCUACGUGAUCAAGAAGAACGACGACGGCUGGUACGAGGGCGUGAUGAGUGGAACCACAGGACUCUUCCCUGGGAACUACGUGGAGUCCAUCAUGCACUAUGCGGAGUGACCUGUAGGUGGCGUGGGAAUCCAUCCAAAACGGCGUAUGCAUAAUUGAUCGAUGUGGGCCGUCAUCGCUGCUGGGAAGGGGUGGGAUGCUUAUUUGAGCAGGGGUUCGAACUUUAAUGUGAUGGAGGGUAAGUGUAUUUUAAAGAUGAAUGUUAGUGAAUUCAGCAGCACAUAACAUGAAGGACGGUUGUAAAAAGCCAUUGUAUUUACAUGUGUUGAAGUGGAUCGUUGUUGAUAUGGCCGAACUAUCACCUCUCAUUAUGGUGGAAAACGCAAACCUCCGGCAUAUUUUUAAUUGAUAUCUCGGCGUUCAUCAUCUAAAGCUUGGCUGGCAGGCAGCCCAUGGUGGGGCUUGACCGAUGUCUUGGCCUGGUGCAUUGUGGGAAGGCUGGACACAAAUUAUGAUGGGAAGGGAAAGCCUAUCCGUGUAAAGCAGCCGAGAAGCGGUCAACCCUCACUCAUAUGCAGUACUACAUUUGUGAGGAUAACCUUUUAUGUACAUUUUUUUUUAUCCAUUAUUUUUCCUCUUCUGUUCUAAGCUGUUGUUUAGUAGAUCUGAUCUCAGGCCUAAUAGCUUUUGAGAUACUGUGUAUGUAGGGUUACACAAACUGCAUGCUUAAAUAAAAUCUUUAAAUUUAUAUACAUUUCACCAUCUUUAUUUUGUUUCUAAAUAGGCUUUUCGGUCUUGCUCAUGUCCUGUAUCGCGUAUCUGUAUGACAUGUCAAACGUUUUACGUCGUGGGAUGUGCCGGUGUGGUGCUGUGCGUCUGCGUGUGCGUGCGCUUGCAUGCGCGUUUGCCAUUUUAAAAAUGCUGAGCGGUGUUUUUGUCGCAGUGGAAAAACCUUUUGUUGGCUUUUAACUUCAUGUUCACAUAAAUGCCGAAACACUAACGGGUAUUUUAGCUUUUGGACACAAACACGCACGCCGUUUGCUCGUGAAUUUGCAUCUGGACUCAGAAGACUUUGACACAAAAUCUGUUCCACUUCAUGCGGGCGGCUUACGUAAACGCCAGCCACUGUAAGCGUACCGUUGGGUGUCUGUAAUAAUUCUGAAAUGCCUAAUUUUAUGUGUUUCAGAUUAACAAAAGCACAUUGUUUUAUAGACAGGACUGCGACCGAUUUUUACUAAAUCGGCGAUGUAUUAGAAAAAGUUUGUUUCAAUACUCUGGAAAGAGGCGAAUCAGCACCACCCAGUGUUGGACAAUACGAAAGCAAGGAAUAGGGGCCAAUACGGUUCAGGAUCUUGUUCAUUAGGCGCUCGGAUGAUGGGAGUGGCGGGGGGAGGGUAUGCAGAGACAGACACUCGUGUUCGGCUCCAGGUGCAGAGCUCUUGGUUGGCUUACUCAGGUGUAAAGGUAUGACGUUGCCGUUUGCGUUUGUUCCGGAGUGAUCUCGUACUCGUCAAUCUCGCAUGUUCUGUCACUGUGCCGCCGCUGAUGCCUGCAGUGGAGCGACCAAAGCCCCACCCAGAAACUGGAUGCCACAGCCACGUGGCAUGAUGUGUGGACAUGUGACCCCACCCCGACUCCACUGUCAUAGGCACAUGAACCAAUAUACUGAGACGUAUACAAUAAAAAUGAACAUUGGAAAUAUA